CCUUCUGAACAAAACUUUCUUACGUCAAUUCAAUGGAUAUAACCUAACACGACGCGAGUUUUUGCAAAGUUGCAAAUAAAAUGUGAUUUUAUUUCGAUCUUUACAAAUUCAAAUGGCUCAUUAAUAACGUGUUUUGUUCAACGUGACGUGUUUGUGUGCCAAUGAUGUGAAUUUUAUAGUGCAUUGUGUAAAAAAAAACAAAUAUGAGUAUCCAAAAGUGCCUUUUGGAUAACUCUAGCAGGAUGAUAAAAGCGAUGUCUACGGCCAAAUCUAAUAACAAUGAAGUUAAAACGGGCGUGCAAAGUGGUCUCAAAAAAGUGGGGCUGGCGAUGCUGUCCUUGUCAAUACCAGUCGAUGACAAAAAGAAAAAGACAACCCGAAGCUGGAUAGAGAGCACGUUCCAGAAGCGAGAAUGUAAAUACUUCGUGCCCAGCGCCAAAGAUGAGCAUGUAUGUUGGUGCGGCUUGAGCAAAACAGCUCACGGGUCGAGCGCGGCAUGCGCGGGGCCGGGCGAAGCAUGGGUACCCGCUCGGCACACGCAGCCCGCGCCCACCGACGCAUACGGCACUGUCGAGUUCCAAGGCGGACCACAUCCCACCAAAGCACAGUAUGUCCGUCUAUCACAUGACACGCGGCCUGAUCUGAUAGUUCAAUUGCUGACGAGAGAAUGGGCCCUAGACCGACCGAAACUUCUCAUCACUAUACAAGGAGGCAAGGCGAACUUUGACUUGCAGCCAAAGCUGAAGAAGGUACUCAGGAAAGGUCUGCUCAAAGCCGCCAAAACAACCGGCGCAUGGAUAUUUACUGGAGGAACUAAUACAGGUGUAACCCGUCAGGUGGGCGACGCGCUGCAACUUGAGAGAUCUCAGCGUGCUGGCAGGGUCGUCAGUAUCGGUAUCGCCCCCUGGGGUAUCGUGGAGGGUGCGCACGAACUCAUUGGCAGGGGACGGGAUGUCCCGUACCAUGCUAUUGCAUCUCCCAGAUCAAAGUUAGCAGUACUAAACAACCGUCACGCAUAUUUCUUACUGGUCGACAACGGCUCAGUAGGCAGAUACGGAGCUGAGAUAGUGCUUAGAAGAAAGCUGGAGAAAUACAUUGCUGCUCAGAAACUGCAUCCAUAUACGCAUUCGUCAACUCCUGUGGUAUGCCUGGUGAUAGAGGGCGGUACUAACACUGUGCGUGCUGUACUCGAGUAUGUAACAGACUCCCCGCCAGUGCCAGUGGUGGUCUGCGACGGCAGUGGCAGAGCGGCUGACCUCAUCGCAUUCGUACACAAAUACGCAUCAGAGAGUGGUGAGCAAACUGUAUUAGAGUCAAUGCGGGACUACCUGAUAGGCACGAUACAGAAGACGUUUGAAGUGGGUCUGCAACAAGCCGAGUGUCUCUACGGUGAACUGCUGCAGUGCACGAGGAAAAAGAACUUGAUAACAGUGUUCAGGAUCCAGGAGCGCGCUGAAGGUGGCGAGGUGCAGGAGUUGGAUCAGGUGAUCCUGACGGCGCUGUUCAGAGCCCAGCACCUGUCACCCAGCGAACAGCUAUCUCUGGCGCUCACUUGGAACCGAGUGGAUAUCGCGAGGUCGGAGAUCUUCGUGUAUGGACAGGAGUGGCCGCCUGGAGCACUAGACGAGGCAAUGAUGCAAGCUUUAGAACAUGAUAGAAUCGACUUCGUUAAGCUAUUGCUAGAGAACGGCGUGUCUAUGAGGAAAUUCCUUACAAUACCUCGGCUAGAAGAGCUGUAUAAUACAAAGAGCGGUCCAAGUAACACACUGAGGUACAUCCUGAGAGACGUAAGACCACAUUUACCGAGGGGAUAUGUAUACACUCUACACGAUAUUGGUCUUGUUAUAAAUAAGCUUAUGGGUGGUGCAUACAGGUGCUACUACACCCGACGCAAGUUCCGUCCGAUCUACGCAAAGGUGAUGAACAAGAGCGUGAACGUACACCGCAACAGCGCAUCGUUCACGCGGCACAACGCCGGCGGCCUCUCGCUCAUCACCGGCUUCAUGCCCGUCACUUCCGAGAUGGCUCUCUUCGAUUAUCCCUUUAAUGAACUACUUAUGUGGGCAGUAUUAACAAAGAGGCACCAAAUGGCGCUGCUGAUGUGGACUCACGGGGAGGAGGCCCUCGCCAAGUCUUUGGUCGCCUGCAAACUGUACAAGGCGAUGGCACACGAGGCGGCAGAGGAUGACAUGGAGACUGAGGUCUACGAGGAGCUUAGGCAUUAUGGAAAAGAGUUUGAAACUAAAGCACUCGAAUUGUUGGACUAUUGUUACCGACAAGACGAUGAUCAGGCCCAACAACUAUUAACGUGCGAGCUACAAAACUGGUCCGGUCAGACUUGUCUCAGCCUGGCUGUGGCCGCAAACCAUCGCGCAUUACUUGCACAUCCCUGCUCACAAAUAAUCCUAGCUGACCUUUGGAUGGGAGGACUCAGAACAAGGAAAAACACCAACCUUAAGGUAAUUCUGAGCCUGCUGUUUCCGCUGUACAUUCUUCACCUGGAGUUCAAGUCCAAGGAGGAACUCCAGCUGAUGCCACAGACUGAAGAGGAGCAUUUGGAGAAUGAGAGUAUGGAAGACGAUAGAAGCACUAAGGACCCGAACGAUGCUGAGCAGGCGUUGAUUGGCUCAGGGGCCGAAUGCGAGACCCGUGUCGAUCAGAAUGGGAAAGUUGGUAAAAUAGGCUGGGAGCCGUCAUAUAGAGAACUGCCAGAAUAUCACUCGCCUGAAGAUAAGAGAAUGCGACCGCUCCGCCUUAGAAAGAAGAUAUACGAAUUCUUUACGGCGCCUAUUACGAAGUUUUGGGCUGACUCAAUUGCCUACAUUCUGUUCCUUCUGAUGUUCACGUAUACAGUAUUAGUCAAGAUGAAUUUAACACCGUCUUGGCCGGAGAUUUACUCCAUAUGUUAUAUAUUAACGUUCUUAUGUGAGAAGAUAAGGGAAAUUAUUACGUCCGAACCAGUUGCCAUUAGACAUAAGUUCAGCGUGUGGGCGUGGAACAUGUGGAACAUGUACGACGCGGGGUUCAUCAUCUUCUUCCUAGUGGGGCUAGCGCUGCGCCUGCGCACCAGCUCCAUGGAUGUCGGUCGUGUCAUCUACUGCGUCGACAUCAUCUACUGGUAUCUUAGGAUACUUAAUAUAUUGGGGGUUAAUAAAUAUUUAGGUCCAUUGGUAACGAUGAUGGGUAAAAUGGUAAAGAAUAUGAUAUACUUCGUGGUGCUACUGCUAGUUGUACUGAUGUCGUUUGGUGUCGCUCGUCAGGCGAUACUCUACCCGGACAAAGAAGCUAGUUUGUAUUUGAUUAGAGAAAUUUUCUUUCAACCGUACUUCAUGUUGUACGGUGAAGUUUUCGCAAGUGACAUCGACCCGGAGUGUGGUAUGGACAUUUAUGACCCGAAGUGUGUCACUGGUCGCUGGAUAACGCCAAUCGCAAUGACAAUCUACCUACUUGUGGCGAAUAUUUUGCUCAUAAACCUUCUCAUUGCGGUCUUUAACAAUAUAUUUAAUGAAGUCAAUGAAGUCUCGCAUCAGGUAUGGAUGUUCCAAAGAUUCACUGUGGUGAUGGAAUACGAACAGAAACCAGUAUUACCACCUCCUCUUAUUAUAUUUUGUCACAUUUACGCGACUUGCAAAUGGGUGACAAGGAACGUAUCUCACAAAAGGUUCCAAUACGACAAUGGUCUCAAAUUGUUCUUAGAGAAAGAAGACAUGGAAAGAUUGUAUGAUUUUGAAGAGGAAUGUGUCGAAGGGUAUUUCAGGGAACAGGAAGUUAAAUUAUCAAAUUCGAUAGAAGAAAGAGUGAGAAAUACAACAGACAGAGUCGAACAUAUCACUACGAAAAUGGAAGAUUUAAAUCAAAAAGCUAACUGUCAAAUACAAUCCGUGCAGAGUGUGGAAUUUAGGUUAAGAAAGCUGGAAGAUGUCGCCGAGCAAACAAUGAACCAUCUGGCGGUAAUACAUCGGUUUAUGGCAACACAUCCCUCUUUAGUUAAUCGAGGAUCGACGGACACAUUAGGCCCACCACCCCCAACUUUCCAAGCAGGAGGAGCCAGGUUAAGAACAGCUAGUGACAGAUCUGAGGUGCUGUCAGACAGCGACACGGGCGCCGCGCGGUUCGCCGUCCGCCCCGUGCAGGAGGAGGACGAGCAAGCCUCGCAGCCCUCGGACGACGAGCUACCACAGUCGGGACCGGAAGCGACAGUUGAGAAGGAACAAGAAGCGGACUCAAUAUCAACAUCGUCAGCUGGUAGUGUGGCUGGACCUGACGUUACCGUGAUAAGACCCACCGUGCCCGCAACGCCAGCCAGACAAAGAUCCUUAGAUAGCAAUCGAACUGAGCCCAGUGAUGAAAAGAAAACAGUACCGUCAACAACUGACGAUGCCUUCUUACCAGAAGUGCGGGAGGUACCAACUGAUAUACACAACCUUCGCCCCAGAACAACUUCAGCUGGAACACGACGCACAGCAAACACCAGACGACGUUCAGAAGGUGGCAAUGACUGUGGCGUGGGUGGCCACCACUCCGCGCAACACCUGGCCCCUCGGAGGCAGCACAGUCAGACUCACUCGGAACCCGACAACUCCGCAGUCGAUGUUUGUUCUCUACAUAAUUCUGUUACUGGCCGUCAGUCCGGAUGGGAGGCGACAGGUGGGGGGGUGUCCUCGGGGCGCACGCGGGUCGGCGGCGCGCCUCGCUCUCUGCUGCUCGCCAUGCACGAGUAUACCAGCAUCACGGAUGAGUUGGAGACUGUCUACGGCUUGUUCUCACCUCCUCAUACACCAAGGACUCCAAUAACAUCCCGUCUCCUGUCGCCCGCGCGCGCGGCGUCCCCCUCCCUGCGGCGGCGGCACGCCAGUGAGAUGUCCAACCCGGAGUUCGCGCUCUUCAUGGAGAAGGAGCAUCUCCGCGGCGCUGAGGAGGACGAUUACAUUAUCAUGGAGAACCUUAUACAGCGCCGCAUAGAAAUGGAGUGUUACCUGGGCAGAUACGAGGAGGAGGAGGCGGCGGAGGGGGGCGCAGGAGGAGGUGAGGUGUCGGGGCCGGGCGGGGAGGUGACGUCCGUCAGCAUCAGCGUGUGUGUUAACGAGGAGCCGCCGCAGAACUCGCAACUGUUGACAGUCGCUGAUCGCCGGCUGGUACAUCAGAGGCAUUCUUUACGCCGGUCCUCGGCAAUAGACAGCCGCGAGCUGCCCUCUCCCCUGCAGCCGCUGCUGGGCGAUGACACCUGCGGAGAGGUGCUGCUGCCAGUGCCCAGACAACCUUCAGGAGAGACAAACGCAUCAAGUGAAAUCUCGCUCUCUCACAUGGUGAGCGAGAACUUGCCGCCGCGACCGUCCAUAGUGCUGGACUCCUCGCAGUUGCCGCGUCAGCGCUCCGCCGACCACCAGCCACCACCACCACCUGCACCACCUGCACCUGCAAGACCGGAGACUAUGUGCUGAGUAAAACUUAGUAUAAGAAUAGAAAAUUGAAAUGAAUGGAGCAGCCAUCAACCAAAUAAUUCACAAUGAGACUGCUCUACGGUUGCGUAUUAGGAAUAAUUUAGGAAAAUAAUUAUUUAAAUAUAGUAACACCAAAAACGACACGA